AUGGUUCACCUGCCUGAUGGCACGACCUUCUUCCUUCUCGGCGUCGGUCUUCAUGUAGUUGUGCUGAGAAAAGGAGAAUGGGACCUCGCGGUAUUCAGACUCCUGACCACAGCAGCAGCAGCCCCCCUCGCACUUGCGCUGUAUCAAAUGGGCCUUCCCGGGAUGAGUUUCUUAUCUGCGCUCUGGAGAUCGUCCUACCUCGUCGGAAGCUCGAUGCUGGGGAUCUUUCUCAGCAUGAUCGUCUAUCGAAUUGGAUUCCAUCGGCUGAAGCGAUUUCCUGGUCCAUUCCUGGCACGUGCGUCGAAUUUCUAUAUCACCGCGGUGGUAUGUAAGAGACAUCAGGAGUUCGUCGAGCUUGACAAGCUCCAUAAAGGUUACGGCGACGUCGGGCCUCAACCCUAUCCAUUGCUGAUCCACAGGCUCUCCAAGCUGUCCACCUCGGUACCAAAUAGGGACGUCGACCGGCACGCAUCGCGGCGGAAGGUCUGGGAUCGGGGCUUCAGCACGAAGGCGCUACGCAACUACGAACCUCGUGUCUCUCAUUACACUGACAAGCUCAUCGCUCACAUCGACGGCCACCAGAAGCAGCCGCUCGACGCCUCCCUGUGGUUCAACUUCUACUCGUUCGACGUCAUGGGCGACUUGUCCCUAGGCGAUAGCUUUGAGAUGUUAGACCGUGGCGAGGUGCACUAUGCCAUGAAAACUCUGCAUGGGUUCAUGUUCAUGCUCGGGGUAUUUGGGCAUAUGAUGUGGGCUUUCCGGAUCAUUGGGAGUCUCCCUUUUGUUAGCGCAGAAAAUGUCAGGUUCAAGGCGUGGGUUGCGCAACAAGUGAAGAAGAGGAUUGAGAAUCCACCGGAUAUUCCUGACGUUUUCAGCUGGAUCAUCGAUGAUUUCGAUUCCAAGCCCCAACGAACGAAACAGGAGAGGCUGGAUCUCAAUGCUGACGGCCUCACUAUCACGAUUGCAGGAAGUGAUACAACAGCGGCUGCGCUGUCUUGUCUUUUCAUGGAGCUAGCCACCCACCCUGAAGUGACACAAGCACUUCAAGAGGAGCUCGAUGAUUUUUUCCAGGAGAACCCGGAGCCUGAUGCCAACUCUCUGUCGAGGCUCAAGUACCUGCAGGCCUGUAUCGACGAGGCUUUGCGGAUUUUUCCGGUCGUCCCAUCAGGUCCUCAGCGGAUCACGCCGCCUGAGGGCUUGAAGAUCAGCGAAGACUUGUUUGUCCCAGGUGGUACAAUCAUACAGGUUCCGACCUACACUAUACACAGAGAUGAGCGAAAUUUCGAGCGUCCUGAUGAAUUCAUCCCGGAGCGAUGGACUACGAGACCCGAGCUGAUCAAGAACGCAUCUGUGUACUCGCCUUUUUCGAUUGGUCCGUAUAACUGUGUCGGUAAGGCACUGGCCUUGAUGGAGAUCCGCGGCGUGACAAGCCGAAUACUUCAUCGAUUUAACGUGGAACUGGCUGCGGGCCAGACGAGGGAGGCAUUUGUUAAUGGCUUGGUCGAUGGCUUCACGCUUGCUUGUCCAAAGCUUGACCUGGUAUUUACACCGAGAGAAUGA